AUGGAGAUGAACCGCAUGAAAGAAGAAAACAGGGUAUCGAGGAAGGUAGUAGAGCAAAAACUGAAAGAUUACCAUGAUUUACAGAUGAAAUUCGCCACAAUUCAGCUAAAUAACCAAGAAAAGGAUCCUCAGUCCUUUCUUUCGCUUCGUGGUAACAACAAGGCUAGUCAAGAACCAAACACAGUUCCUAAAAUUCUAGGUAUCACUAACCAAAGCCUUCUAUCACCGUCACCCACGGAUGGUAUUAGGGAGAGUGAAUUAGGGUUGUCACUGAGGCUACAUACUUAUAUUGAAGAACAAGAACAAGUGGAAGCCCAAUCAAACUCAACCACAAGAAGCACCUUGUCUUCCAUGGUUACUCCAACCCUUCCUUCAUCUUCUGAAUCUCGAUGGGAUCAUGAUGUCUUCUUGAGUUUCAAAGGUGAAGACACCCGAAAGAGCUUCACCGAUCAUCUCUACUCCGCCUUGGUAAAAGUAGGAAUUCGUACCUUCCGAGAUGACGAGGAACUUCCAAGAGGGGAGAACAUGCCUACCAAACUUCUCAACGCCAUUCAAGGGUCAAGGAUUUCCAUUGUGAUUUUCUCCAAAAGCUAUGCUUCUUCCAGUUGGUGCCUCAAUGAGCUUGUAGAGAUUAUGAACAGUAAGAAUACCAUAGGCUGCACUCUUCUUUCGAUAUUUUAUCAUGUGGGCCCCUUGGAUGUUCGAAAACAGACAAGAACUUUUGUGGAAGCCUUUGCUAGGUAUGAAUUAAGAUUCAUCAAAGAGAUUGUUGAAGAAGUUUUGUGUAAAGUGAACCUCGCUCGCUUGGAUGUUGCCAAACACCCAAUAGGAAUAGAGUCUCGUGUUCAUCAUAUUAAAGAUUUAUUAAAUCUUGGAACAAGUGGCGUUCGCAUUGUGGGCAUUUACGGAAUGGGUGGAAGAGGAAAAACAACCCUAACAAAGGCUGUUUAUAAUCAAAUAUGUGUUGCAUUUGAAAGAAAUGACUUUGAAAACCUACACGUGUUAGGUGAAAAGCAAUGGUUUGGUCCAGGAAGUAGAAUCGUUGUAACAACUAGAGAUGAACAUUUGUUAAGUCAAUUAGGAGUAGAUGAAAAAUAUAAAGUAGAACUGAAUCGUUGGGAGUCUCUUCAACUGUUUAGUUGGCAUGCCUUCAAGAUGGUUGAUCCAAAACAAGAUUACUCAGAGCUUACAAUUGAAGCAGUGGAUUAUGCCGGAGGAAUUCCAUUAGCUCUUGUGAUUCAAAAAAUACUUGGGAUAAGUUUUGAUUCACUGGACAGUUCUACAAAGGACAUAUUCCUUGAUAUUGCAUGUUUCUUUGUCGGUAUGGACAAAGAAUAUGCAAUCAAAAUACUCUAUGGUUGUAAUUUCUCUCCAGGGAUUGCUAUCUCUAUUCUCAUUCAGAGGUCACUUGUAACAAUUGAUUACCAAAAUAAGUUAAAGGUGCAUAAUCUGAUUCAUGAUAUGGGAAGGGAAAUUGUUUGUGAAGAAUCACCCAAAUAUCCAGGAAAACAUAUUUUAAAGGAGCUGUAUGCGGAGAAAACUGCUAUUAAGCAACUACCACCCUUCUUUAGCCUUUUGAAGAAUCUUGAAACUGUAUCAUUAUGUGGAUGUGAAUGUCUCAUCGAAUCACCAGAGUUCUUAGAAACCUCACGUUUAGAGACAUUGAUACUUGAAGAUUGUGCAAGCUUGGUUGAGAAUGACUGCAUAGAGCUUGACAAGUUACCAAAACAAUUGGGAAAUAUGACAGCUUUAAAGGAGAUUCUUGCAGACAUAACUGCUAUUGAGCAACUACCCUCCUCCUUCAGUCGUUUGAGGAAUCUCGGAAUUGUAUUAUUAUCUGGAAGUGGAGGACCAUCCUCAUCAUGGAUAUCACUCAAAAGCUCCAACCACAUAAGUUUGUUAGCUUCCAUUUCUAGAUUAAGUUCGUUGACAAAACUAGAUCUCAAUGACUGCAAUUUGUCUGAAGAUGAGAUUCCUAUUGAACUUGGAUGUUUAUCUUCUCUCAGAGAAUUGAUGCUGUGCAAGACAGAUAGCAGUUCCCUUUGCCUCCCCGGAAGUGAGAUUCCAAAUUGGUUUAGCCAUCAGACAAUCGGUUCUUUAAUAUCCUUUCAUGUUCCUUCCUUUUUGGAUGGUAAAAUGGGCAAGGUGCUUGUUUGCGUUGUUUAUGCAGCAAACAAGGAACUUUCAAGAUCAUAUAUUUGUAGCCAUGAUACAAUUUCAUCAUAUAAUCUCGAGAUGAAAAGUGGAGACGAAAUAGAGCUGUCUGUUGAUCUUGGGGACCAGAGUCAAGUGAAGAAGUGUGAAAUACAAGUGAAGAAGUGUGGAAUUCAUCUCCUAGUUGAUGAGCCAAAUGUUAUGGAUGAAGAUGGAAGUGUGGUCUAA